AUGGCUUUGGAUCCUCGUUCGUUGGGCUUUCUGUUCGAUCUGAUUUUGAGCUUUUUCAAGCAGGAAUUUGACUGUUCGGACUGCGGGGCUUUUAUGACCACUUUCGGUGAGUGUUGGGCUCAAAUUCGAGCCACGUUCUCAGCGUGUGAUGCACUCUUCGAGACGUUGUUUAUGCCAUUUUUGAGGAGAAUCUGAGACUUGCAUUUGAGCAUUUUCACCGAAAAGUUGAGCCUUGUUUCAGUUGUGAACAACAUAACGUUGGAAUACACUGAUUACGCCUUUCCCAAACUUGAGGAAGCCUUUUUGAAGGUGCCAAUCCGAGAAGAUUCGUUUGAAAUUCCGAUGUGUGAGAAAGUGACGGAUAUGAACGCGAUUAACUUUACAAUGGUCCCGUAUCACGACAACAACGCCCAACAAAUGAUUUUACAAUUCAAGAGGUGAGCAUUGUAAGAGUUGGUCUCAAACUUUUUCAACCCUUUUUAAUGACGUAUGUAAAUUUUAGUGGCAAUGAUAGACUGUGCCAAUUGAAGUCCCCUUGGCCCAUUGUGGACGACAAUCUGCCAAGGGCAAUUAGUGUGUAAGUUGGCAUGUAUGUAAAAGUAAAAUAUUAGGUUUGAAGGGCUUCGAGUGCAAUGUUUGAAUUUUACAGGGUGGGGCAUCUUUGUGGUCCGUCUUUAAUUGGCUAUAACUUUUUUAGUUUCUAGCCGAAUCUUAAAAUUCUUUUUUUUCCUUGAAUCCUCAACCCCAAAUAUGUUAUCCAAAUAUGUUAUACAGAGGUAAGUCAUUAGAGCUAUCGGAUUUAUUCUUGGAGUUCAUCUUUUCGGUCGUUUUCGGGUGUUUUUUUUUGGUCUUUUCGGUGUGUUCGAAAAUGGAGUACGGUGUGGAAGAAGAAACUUGGGCUGAGGUUUGGUAUGGCAAGUACGGUUUGCAUAUUUGAUAUCACAAAAUGGGGACGUCUGCGGAUUCAGGGAAAAAAGAAUUUUAAGAUUUGGCCAAAAACUAAAAAGGUUAUAGCCAAUUCAAAUCGGGCCACAAAGAUGCCCCACCCUGUAAACUUUUCGCGGCGGGACCCCAUGUAAUAAAGGUUGCCAAAGAUGAGUUUGAGAAACAAUCGUAAUCCUUAUCCAUCGUUUUUGAACCUAACAGGCAUCAUUCCGUCGCAAACUAAAACAACGAAGGUUUUCGUGGUGAGACUCAAAGUUGAAAAAAUGGUGCCAAAAUUAUCGCUUAAUAAACUACAUGUACAGCUAGAAACGAAUAUCGCUAGGACUCGUUUAAAGCAAUUUCCUAUAGCCCUCUUUGAUUAGUCAGAGGUUUUCGUGACGGGACCCGAAGUUGGAUAACAGUUUUUAUGUAUCAAGAUCAUUGUGGUACUCGUUUCAGCGACGCUCACCUGGUCCACGUAGACGGUGUCCUCUCGAUUAAACAAUCAGCGAAAGUAAGUCGUGUAAUUACAGUAUGAACAAGUUUUUUUUUUAAUUUUGUAGAUACAUGUAUUUAUUUCUAUUAUGACUCUUGCAGGAUACAACUUUUGACCAUCUUGUUAUGGCGUCCAGUCUACCAUCUGAAAACUUUUGUAAGUAAAGAUGACGCACUUUCAAAGGUUUGCAGCUCCAGAAUCAGAACUAUACCUGCCGUUUCGAGAUGCCAUUAUGAUGGAUCAUUGCAGUUUGGAGAUGAUUUCGCCUCGUGACGGUGUUUUAUCGGCAAGUUAUCCUAUAAUUACAAUAUUUCGCACAUUUAUGCAUUUUUUGGCACUUACAACAGAAAGCCAAAGUUAAAAAAUUUUUGGCGGGAACUGAAAUUUCAAAUAUUUUGGCUAAUUUUUUCUCGCUGCAAGUUUUUUGGGAUUUUCGCUCAUUUUUUACAGUCUGCCGGCCCUAUGCAACAGAAUGCCAAGAUUUCAACUUUUUGGCGGGAAAAUAAAGAUUUGAAAAUUUCAUAUUUUCGUGCGCUUUAGGGAGGCUGGAAAUUGUCUACAAUUGUUUUUGGGAGGCUUUUCAAUAACUUAACGACUCUUACAUUGCCACUUUUACAUUUCCUUUAUCGUUUUCAGUCAGGCUCGAUCUACAGCAGAAAAAUCGAAUUGUUGAAACGGAAGAAGAAGAAGUUGUGCUUGACCGGAGAGAAUGGGACCCGAUACUCACAGGUGUAUGACAUGGCAAGUCUUGAAAUUUGAUUCAAAAAGUUUUUUGGCCGCCUUUUGCAAUCUUUUCUUCAGUACCAAAUGAAUGCCUUUUUAAACUUUGAUUACGCUGACGACAUUCAAAGACUUCAAAAGAGAUAUCCCGAUUCCCAAGUCUUGAUGGUCGUCCGCUUCAACAAACGCCCCAAAAAUCCGAAUGGAAGGGCUACGAUCGACGAGAGAGAGGAGUAUUUCAACACUUGUCAUUACUUUUGGCUUGCACAGGAAUAUGUGGAGGUCUUUUGUGUGAUGGCGAUUUUGGUCUUGGUGCUGAUCGGUGGGUUGAUGGCUGCGUUGACGUUGUUUGUGAUGACCUUGGACAACAUGGUCAAGGAGGUCAGAUUGUUGACGGGUGCUGAGAAAGAGUGAGUUUUUUUGAGUGGUCUGUGGUGGGACACAAAGAUUUUUAUGGAUAAUUUAGAGCUUUGAAAAAUGCAGCUAAAGCUCUUUAAAAGGGCCUGAAAAGCAAGCUUUGGUAAAGGCUGUAUGAAUUACUAGAAGCCAUUUAGAACAAUUGAGCGCUUUUCUUGCACUUUGAACGUUUUCGUGGCGGGACCCAUAUUUUCGAGUGGUUGAUUGAGCAUUGAGUAAAAGUAAGCUUUGGUAAAGGCUGUGUAAGCUACUAGAAGCCAUUUAGAACAAUUGAGAGCUUUUCUUGCGCUUUGGACGUUUUCGCGGUGGGACCCAGAUUUUCGAGUAGUUCAUUGAGAAUUGAGUAAAAGUAAGCUUUGGUAGAGGCUGUGUAAGCUACUAGAAGAUAUUUAGAGCAAUUGAACGCUUUUCUUGCACUUUGAAAGUUUUCGUGGCAGGACCCAAAAUUUAGAUCAUCAAUAUGGUACAACUUCGCGUUGGACGAAAAUUGAAAAUUUGGCUGACGUGAUCAAAGCUUUAUUGUUUGCACUGGUUCGAAUGUUUUUCUUUCCAGUUCUUUCCCCAUUCUCCGAUCGCCCAAUAUCAGCAUACAGACUGAAGCGCAGAGCCAGGCGUACACCCCAGCAGGCGGCGGUCAAACCCUGAGGGAGAGAACUUUCUCUAGAGACACUCACGACCCCACCAUGAUUGAAAGAGAACCUAUCGAUGAUAAUGCGACGGCUAACGAAGAAACGGAUCUGAAAACUUCGCAAUUCCCCGGACGAAGAUGA